CACGACUCCACGGACCCCCGUCAUCGUACAAUUGGCAACGCUCCAGUCUACGUUCCGAUGGAGUACCAUCGAGCCAAGUCCGGGGAGAGUGUGUCAUCGAUAGAACUUCACAUGCCAGGCAACGCACCACACGACGUUCUGUCCUUCGACGCCGUCGACGCUAUGCGGUCGCAAACCGAGCCAGAGGAUUCUCCCACCGACGUUGAAGCCACCGCGAUGUUGGAACUGGUCGAACCAACCAACGAACCAGCGGCGCCCAAACCCCACAUCACGUACCGCGGCGACAUCGACGGACUGCGGACGUUGGCGGUGGUUCCCGUGGUGAUCUUCCACGCGUACCCAGAGUCCAUCAAGGGUGGGUUCAUAGGCGUCGACGUGUUCUUCGUCAUUUCUGGCUACCUUAUCUCGAGCAUUCUCUUCAAGGAAAACGCGAGGGGGUCAUUCACAUACGCCGACUUUUACUCGCGCCGCAUCCGCCGCAUCUUUCCCGCGCUGGUGCUCGUGCUCUCGUUUUCACUGGUCAUGGGCUGCGUGUGGCUGCUGGACAUGGCGGUCCAGUCCAUGGCAUCGACGCUCGUAGCCGGAACUCUCUUUGGGGCCAACAUCCAGCUCCUGACCGUCCAACAGGGCUACUUUGACGCGAGUGUCAAGGAGAAUCCGCUGCUGCACCUGUGGUCUCUGGGUGUGGAGGAGCAGUUUUACAUCUUUUGGCCGCUCUUCGUGUCUGUGGUCCAUCGGCUGUCGUUCCGCAAGGCGGUGGCGUGCCAAGUGGCUGUGAUGGUGGCCAGCUUUGCGUGCAAUGUCCUCUUCUUGGGCUACAACAACGACAACAAGUACUCGUUCUACUUUCCACUCAGUCGGUUCUGGCAGAUGGCCGUGGGCGGGCUCUUGGCAUACCUGGAGCUGCCGACUCUCGCCGGUCCGUCCAAGUACUCGUCCGCCGCGCUCGCCGCGCAUCCCUUCGCUUCGUCCGUGUGCUCAAUGUGCGGGUUCGUAGCUAUCAUCGUGGGCUACGUAGUAAUCGACGAAACCGUGGCCUUCCCUGGCUUUUGGUCGCUUCUGCCCACCGUGGGCACUGCCUGCGUCGUCUUCGCUGGCCCUGCUCCUUUCAUCAACCAGUACGUUCUUGGCAACAAGCUGAUGGUUUACAUUGGCCAAAUCAGCUACGCGCUGUACCUGUGGCACUGGCCGCUGCUGGUGUUCGCCAAGCUGCGCUACCCCCGCCCGGACCUGCGCCCAACCUACAUGCAGCCGUACUCGAUGGUGGUAUUGUCGGUGGUGCUGAGCAUUGCAACGCUCUACUUGGUCGAGAACCACCUGAGACGACGCAAAGCCGCGUGGCUCGUGCCAGUUCUCGUCGGGCUCAUGGUCGUGUUAUGCGCGGUGGCGGCCGUCGUGACCAAGUUCCCGUCGGCAUUUUCCGUGCCGUCGGCCCAGCUGGCGGCGUACGUCCGUCCGACCUUCAACCAGACAGCCGACGUGCCCAACUGGAGCACGCCGCCGCGGCUGUCGGAACCCACCAUGCCCAAAGUCCUCGCCGCCAUGAACGACUGGGACCCGCUCGUCGGGUUCCAAGGGUACAACCAAGACUUAUCCGACGACGGCAACAAGGUGCUCAACGGCGACGCCCCCGACAGCGUUCCCAGGGUACUCGUGCUCGGCGACUCGCACGCCAACAUGGUCGCGCCCCGCUUCAACCGGCUCUUGGAGCUCGCCACCGACGCCAACGCCAGGUUCCCCAAGGUCUUCUACCGAUCUCGCAAUGGUGACCCGCCUCUGUCAUGCAGCUCCAACCACGCCGCCGACCUCGCGUUCAUCCAGCAAGUGCAGCCCAAGGUCGUAUUCUACGUCACCAACUGGAUCCAGUUCCUUCGACCGGGCGGACUGCAAUCCCACGGAACCUCACCCGUCUGCUGCCUUUCCGGAUACCGAGACAAGUGCACGUACCAGAGCAAGGAGGACGUGGAGACACUUGUGACACGGUUCCAGCAAGAGAUCGCGGCACUCGAGGCGUCCGGCACCAGAGUGUUUGUGGCCACAGUCAACCCCGAAGGACCGAGCUUCAACUUCAACAUGAUGCUCAACGGCAACGCCGUCGUGGCCGUCCAUCCCGUCAGCCGCCAAGCGUUCCGAACGCAGCCGCAGGUCGCGCUCGUGCUUGAGCUCGUGGAAGCGGCCGUUCUGAACGCGAACGCGACGCUCGUGGACUUUUCCGUCAACCAGUGCCACCAAGAUGUAUGUGAGGUCGUGUCGAUGGUGGAAGGCGAGCCAGUGUUCAAAGAUACCGAUCAUUUUAGGCCAUAUUUUGCCAGGAAUUACCUCUCCACAGUCGACCAAGUCGUCGACGCCGCAUGGGACGACUGAUGAACAUCCUUUAACAUUUUACAUGCAUUGGUAGUACAGCUGUAUAAUAUCAGUGCAUGGUCCAACUUUAUGUUAAUAUCACCAAAGUGUUGGUUUUCGCGC